AUGACUGUAUUUUCAGAAUGGGAGCCACCAUUCUUGUUGCAACAACCUUUCUUUUGGCCAUUGGUAGCUCAUGCGAUAGCCAUGUCAAUUGUCAUUUGGAAUCCAUUAUUAUUCUUCUGGCUGACCAAAACAAAAAAACGGCCACGUUUAGCAUCAUCAUUAUCAGGUCCACCUGGUGCAAUGCUUUCACGUAUUAGUACAACACGUAUGCCAUCAAUUUUACGUUCUAUCCAUACGUCAAUAUCUGCCCAUACGUCAAACAUCGAGCCUACGUUCCGUAAGACAAGCAUUGCCAAAUCCCAGCAAAGUGUACAGUUAAUUACUGAUACAAAAAAUUGCUUUGCUAUUGAACGAGAACAACUGAUAUGA